UCUGCAUCUUGGCUAGACUUCACGAGAGGGGAUCACGAUUGCCAAACAGCUACCGAUAUUUCUGCUGAUCCGGAUUGCAUGCUGCAUCGGAUCGGUUUUGUAGUUUCAUGAAGUUUCGAUUAGAUCACGGCGCUUGUGGGUUCAAUUACGGUUUAGAAAGAUUGGCCAACGCUAAAGAGCUUUUGUGUCGCAAAGUGAAGGCUUAGAGGCGAGGAGAAGGUACAGCGGGCCCGGCUGAAUGCGGCAUUAUUGUGCUGUGAUUACAGGUUUUGGAAUAGAAGCUGCAGAGGUUUUGUGGAGUGCGGCGAAGAUGUGUAGAGAUUUGGUGCGGGUUGAGUGGUGUGGUAGGAGGCAAUGAUUUGAUGGCGUUUGGAGAAGUGUGUUGGAGAUCGUCAUAAGAGUAGAGUUUUAGCAGGAGGAACGAGAAGAAGGGAUUGGGGAGAGGGUGUUUUGUGAUGGGUUUGUUGCUGAGGUAAUUUGCAGGGGUGGAGUGAGUUGAAGAGGUCGUUGCGGGACGAGGAGGACAGCAUGGGAGGGCCAUUAGACACCUUAGGCGAACACCUCACCUUAGCCCGGGAGUACGCAUUGCUAGGAAACUAUGACACCGCUCUGAUUUUUUUUGAAGGAGUUCACGCGCAAAUUAAUAAGCAUUUAAGCAAUGUGGGCGAUCCAUAUCUUCGUACUAAGUGGAAUAAAUGCAAGAAAGAUCUUAUGGAAGAAUUCGAUAUUGUGAAGCAGAUUGACGCUGAGAGGCAAGCCUUCAAGGAUGCUCCUGGCAGUCAUCCUCGUCCGUCAUCUCCGCCAAUAGCAGUAGCUGCAUCAUCAAUACGCCAUGCGCAAGAACGUUACAGGGAAGAACGAGAUACUUUCUUUCCUGUUGAAGAAAUAUUUGUGUCUCAUCCUCCAAGUCGAACAGAUAAUUCGAGGUCAGAUCCCCUUGACGACCCCGAUGUUUGGAGACCUCCUAGUCGCGAUAUUCUUCCACAGUACGGAACAAGACGGCCAACAAAAGCAGGCCAAAUGGCAGCAGCUUCUCAAGCUAAACGAAUGGCUGCCUACGCUAGAGGAGCAGGGGAUAAGGCUUCCACUCAAGUGGGGCGAGGAAAUAAGGUGAUCACAACAGCUUCGUCUAAAAGCUUUGGCGCAGGAGCUGGGGCGGUUUCGAAGGGAUCUUCUCUUCCUGGCAACACGGGCCCUCGCAAAAGCACUAGCAUGACUGGUCGCUCAACCUCCACUAAACGAGAAGCAUUGAAUGGGGCCCCAGAAGAGGAGGUACCACGAGGAAUGCCUAGUAGAAAAGGAAAAUACGAAGGUCCCGACACUGAGCUUGCGGCUAUGUUGGAAAGAGAUGUCCUUGAGAGUAGUCCUGGUGUCCGAUGGGAGCACAUUGCGGGUCUCACUGAAGCAAAGCGUUUGCUAGAGGAAGCUGUGGUUUUGCCUCUUUGGAUGCCUGAAUAUUUCCAGGGGAUUCGGCGCCCGUGGAAAGGGGUGCUGAUGUUUGGUCCACCCGGCACUGGUAAAACACUUCUAGCGAAAGCAGUGGCAACAGAGUGCGGGACUACCUUCUUUAACGUCUCGUCCGCCACGCUGGCAUCAAAAUGGCGAGGGGAGAGUGAGCGUAUGGUGAGAGUCUUAUUUGAUCUUGCCCGUGCCUACGCUCCUAGCACAAUAUUCAUUGACGAGAUCGAUUCUCUCUGCAAUGCCCGUGGUUCAUCUGGAGAGCACGAGUCAUCGAGACGAGUGAAAUCAGAGCUACUUGUGCAAGUGGAUGGUGUGAAUGGCACAGGCGAGGAUGGUGAAAAGAAAAUCGUUAUGGUGUUAGCAGCAACAAACUUCCCUUGGGACAUUGACGAAGCACUCAGGAGACGACUUGAAAAGAGGAUUUACAUUCCUCUUCCAGUAGAAGAGGGUCGGCGGGAACUCAUUCGCAUCAACCUCAAAGAUAUUGAGGUUGCCAAGGAUGUGGAUAUAGAUGCCCUUGCUAAGCGAACUGAAGGUUACAGUGGUGAUGACCUCACUAACAUUUGUAGGGAUGCAUCAAUGAACGGUAUGCGGCGGAAAAUUUCUGGAAAAACCCCAGAGGAGAUAAAAAACAUGACCAAGGACGAGAUGUACGAGCCAGUGGCAAUGCGUGAUUUUGAUGAAGCUAUCAACAAAAUCUCUAGGAGUGUUUCCACCGCAGAUAUUGAGCGCCAUGAAAAGUGGCUAACCGAAUUUGGGUCUUCGUAAGAUCAGGAUGUAAAUGAUGCAUCUGGAGACAUGCGUUCUUUGAGCUUGUUUGCCCAUGUCCUUGUUCUAGACUUACAGCACAUAUCAUCCAUACCCUCUGAGCGGCAGCAGUAGUCUGCAUAUCCUAAAGUUGUAGAGCCGGACUAGAGUUAGUUUCGUUCCUACAUCGUUUUAGAUUAGGACCUCCUAGUAUUUUCUGUAAUUAUACUAUCAUUAUAGCACGAAGAUUGGCUUGUACAAAGUUAACUUUAUGCAUAUUUGGUGAUGAGAUCUAGAAGCACCAGAAUUAUUUUGCUUAGGUUAUUUCCACAGUAUCCAUCCUCCAGGAACCAUAUCCUUGUAAAAAUACCAAGCUCAAGGGUUUUCUGGAAAUCACCCGCCUUCACUUAAAUUCGACUUUAUUUGUGUAUACCACAAUAUGUUAAUACAAAGUCUUAUAUAAGACUUAUUGACUCAAACCUUA